AUGAAGUCCCUUGUAUCUGGCUUCGGCGUCAUAUAUUUGGCAUCCGCCUUGUUCUCCAGCUUGAGUACCUCUUCUUCCCUCCCCCGACAGAGCAAGAACAACUUGAACAAGAAGCCAUGGUCGGUCUCGAACUUCGACUCCCUGAUCGCCUUUGGGGACAGCUAUACCGACGAAAGCCGCUUGGGCUGGUUCAUCAACCAUAACGGUUCCGCGCCGCCCGCAGGAGCCUUGCUGCCCGAAAGCUUCAGCACGGCUGGCGGAGGACGUACAUGGCCCCGCUAUGUCGUGCAGUACACGGGCUCGACGACCAAGAAUGGCCAGUGGGAUCCUCAAAUGACGCUGUACAACUAUGCCGUCUCCGGUGCGGUGUGCUCGAACGACAUCACGCCAAGGUGGUUCUCCGCAAUCGACGCCCCCUUCCCAUCGGUGCUCGAGUACGAAGUCCCAGCGUUUCAAGCGGACAUGACAUCGCAGCGCGUCAACGCAACGCCUGCCGAAGCAUACUUCUCACCCGGCCUGUCCGCUUCCUCGGCCGUCUAUGCGCUGUGGAUCGGCACCAACGACCUCGGCGUCUGGGCGUUCGUGACCGACAGCCAUGUGAGGGGCAAAGUGCUGUCGGACUACAGUUCGUGCGUGUACGACGUCUUUGACAAACUCUACGCCUCGGGGGGCCGCAUGUUCGUCCUGAUGAACACGGCGCCCCUGCACCUGGCGCCCCUGUACGCCAACGACACCCUGCACGGCGUCGGGGCAAACCAGUACUGGCCCAACAAGCCGGCCAACCACACGCAGAUCGCCGAGACGAUGCACGAGUACACGACGACGGUGAACAGCGUGUUCCGGUACCAGACGGCCUUUGAAGUGCUGGUCGCGAAACGAUACCCGGGCGCGCACUUUGCGGUUUUCGACACGUACAGUCUCAUCUCGGACGUUUACGACGAUCCGACGGCGUACCUCAACGGGACGGGCGUCAUGGCUGGAAGCGAGAGUGUGUGGGGGUACGAUAACCAUUGUAAUGUCAAUCAGACGGUCUGUGUGAAGCAAGCGAACGGCACGAAUCCGGAUGGGUUUUUGUGGUACGACGAAUUGCAUCCUAGUGAGCAAACAGAUCGUGUCAUUGCCAGGAAUUUCAUCCAAGUGUUGAACGGGACUUCCAAGUAUGCCACUUACUACUAA